AUGCAUUGCACUCACUGCCUACUCCUUCUCCUGGCUGGACACCUGAUGCUUUCUCAUAGCAGCCAGCCAGCCCAGGAGUCUGACAACACCGCCAACCAAACCGACAGAGGGUUCUCACAGUUGAACAUCUCCAGCUACCAGAUUGCCCAUGGCAAUGCCAACUUUGCCUUCAGCCUCUACCACCUGAUAGCAUCCCAAAACUCUGAGAAGAACAUUUUCUUCUCCCCACUCAGCAUCUCCAUCACCUUGGCUGUGCUGUCCACGGGGGCUGGAGGGGACACCCAGACUCAGAUCCUUGAAGGCCUGGGCUUCAAUCUCAUGAAGCUGCCAUUGCCCGAAAUCCAGGAUGGCUUCAGGUCCGUGCUUCAAGUGAUAGGUGGUCCAUCUGCUGAGCUGGACAUCUCUGUAGGCAAUGCACUGGUCCUGAACCAGGACCUGCAGCUCUGCCCUGAAUCUGUCAACACUGCUGAAGCCUCCCAUAACAGCAAAGUCUUUCGCAGUAACUUCAGAGACGCAGAGCCUAUGACUUGGCUCAUCAACAACUAUGUCAAGGAGAAAACCCGUGGCAAGAUCAAGGAUUUGGUUAGUGGCCUGAGCCCCGACAUUAGGAGUUUGAUAAAUUAUGUCCUCUUCCGAGGUCUGUGGAAGAAACCCUUUCCUUCCUCGGAAGUCUUCGACAGUAACUUCUACGUAGAUAGGAACACGGUCCUGAAGGUGUCCAUGAUGCUGCGAGAUGAGCAAAACUGGUUUCUUGAUGAAAGACAUGUGCCCUGCACGGUGCUGCGGAUGGAUUACAAAGGCCAUGCUGUGGCAUUUUUCAUCCUUCCUCAAGAGGGCAGGAUGGAGGAGGCAGAGCAGGUGCUGUCCCCAGGCAUGCUAAAAAGGUGGAACCACUUGCUUCAGAGUAGGUCCGGUUACAGAAAUAUCUUGUUGCAGUUCUCCAAAUUCUCCAUUUCAAAUUACUUGGACAAGAUUUUUCCUGACCUGGGCUUCCAGGACCUGUCCACCCAGCACACUGACUUCUCGAAUAUCAACCAAGAAGAGAAAUUGCAGUUAUCCAAAGUUUUCCACAAGGCCACCCUGGAUGUGAACGAAGUCGGCAUGGAGGCUGCGGCAACCGCUAGUGUCUCUGUCACCUUUUUAUCCACCCAGCACAAGAAACGUGUCCUCGUAUUCACCUGGCCAUUCUUCACAGUGAUAUAUUCCACCAGCACCAAGAGUAUCCUCUUCAUGGGAAAGGUGUUCAACCCCACAACAUAG